AUGUCCGCCAUCGCCGGGCCGUCGAGCUACGACUACACCGAGGGCGCGUCUGCCAUCGACAUCUCCACCGCGGUCUCCAACUCCCGCCGCGCCCGCCGCGAGUCCCAGUACAGCCUCGCGUACGACGACGCGGACGGCGCGAUGUUCGACGGGCCGGGGCACGCCGUCAACCCCAGCAGCGUCUCGCGCAUGAGCCUCCACCGCUCGCUCAGCCGCCAGCGCUCCGAGGGCAGCGUGCCCCGGCGCUCGCGCAGGGGGAGCGAGGCGAGCCGCAGGACGGACGAGGGCGGGGGCGGGGAUGUGGACGGGGGCGAGGGGCGCGAGGAGGACGAGGACGAGGAGGAUAUCACGGGCGAGCGCCCGCUGAUACGCAGGGGCAGAAGGUCGCCGUCGCCCGCCCGCGGGAACGUGUUUGGGAACAUCGCGCAGCUUUUCGGCCGCGAUAAAAGCGCGCAGGGGCAUCGCCGCCGCUCGUCGCUGUCGCAGCGCUCGACCGCCUCUUCCGCGCGGCGGUGGGGCCGCCAGUCGGACGCGGGGUCCGUCGCGGUCGAGAGCGACGACGAGGGCGGGGACGAGCGCUGGGGGUACUCGUCCGCGGAGGAAGAAGACGAAGACGACGAGGACGAGGACAUCGCGCGCAGCCCGUCGCCCGCCGCCAGCGAGUUCGGGUACGGCUCCGAGCCGCCCUCGCCGACGCACUCCGCGUCGCUGCCGCUGCUAUCCGGCGACCAGUUCUUUGGCGCCGAGGUGCGCAUCGACGUCGACCUCGAGCCGCUCGCGCCGCCGCCGCCGGGCGCGCCGAGCCGGCAGACGAUCUACAUCGCGGACGAAGAUGCGAGCGUGAGGUUCGUAGGCUACGAGACGCGGCGGGGGCGCCGCGCCGCGUGGCGCGCGCUGUGCGUGCUCAGCGCGGGCGUGCUGGGGUUGCUGGGGCACUGGUUCCCGAUGCUGUGGCUGAGGUGGGUCACGCGGGAGCGCGCGUUUAGGGACCUUGAGGACGGGUUCGUCGUGGUGGAGAGCGCGCACAGGGAGAUCGCGCUGUUUCCUGUUCAGCGGUUGGCGUACCCAUACCCCGCAUCGACCGUGUUUUCGAGCUCCGUGAGUGAUCCAAAGCUAGCGUCGACGAAGCCAAACGGGAAUGGGAAUGGCGUUCCUGCCGAAUAUGGUGAAGUAUUGGAGACGUUGUUGGUGCUAGACUACCGGUAUGCCAGAUUCGCGCUCGAUCCCAAAACAGGGCUGUUCAGUGUCGUGAAGGAUUGGCGCGAUCCCACCUGGACCGGCGUAUCCUCGGUCAAAAACGGCUUGGAGGCGUCUGUGCGCGAGCAGCGGCUGACGCUGUUCGGGCAAAACAUCAUCGACGUCAAAGGCAAAACGACGGUGUCGCUUCUGAUCGACGAGAUCAUCCAUCCGUUCUACGUCUUUCAAGUCGCGAGCAUCGUCCUCUGGUCACUGGAUGAUUACUAUUACUACGCUUUUUGCAUCGCUCUGAUAUCGACUCUGAGCGUGGCCACGACGCUCGUCGAGACUAAGAAGACAAUAGCACGGAUGCGCCAAAUGUCACGGUUCUCGUGUGCAGUCAGCGUGUUCGUCGACGGGUCAUGGCUCGAACGCGACUCGUCCGACCUCGUCGUGGGCGACAUCGUCAACCUACUCGAGCCACCGCUGUCCCUCCUCCCCGCAGACCUAUUCCUGCUCUCGGGCGACGCGAUCGUGAACGAGUCGAUGCUUACGGGCGAGUCAGUCCCGGUGAGCAAGAUCCCCGUGCGCGAUGAGGACCUCGCGCGCUGGCGCGAGGCAAAGGACGUCGACGGCAACACGGCCAAGAGCUUCCUGUACGCGGGGACGCGGGUCGUGAGGAUCAGGAAAGGGGUGGGCCUCGCGGGGGAGCUGGAGAGGCCGGCACUGGGCAUGGUGGUGAGAACGGGAUUCAAUACGACAAAGGGCGCGCUGGUGCGAUCUAUGCUGUUCCCGAAGCCCAUGGGCUUCAAGUUUUACCGCGAUUCGAUCCGGUUUAUCAUCGUACUGGCUGGCAUCGCAGGCGUCGGGUUCUGCGCCAGCGCCGUCCAAUUCAUCAGACUGGGGGUCCGCUGGCACACGAUCGUCCUGCGCGCGCUGGACCUGAUCACCGUCGUCGUGCCCCCCGCGCUGCCCGCCACGCUCUCGAUCGGGACGAGCUUCGCGCUCGGGCGGCUGCGGCAGGCGGGCAUCUUCUGCAUCUCGCCGAGCCGGAUCAACGUCGCGGGGAAGAUCAACGUGUGCUGCUUCGACAAGACGGGCACGCUGACGGAGGACGGGCUGGACAUCCUCGGCGUGCGCGCGCUCGAGCGCGGCGCGCACCGGUUCGGCGAGCUCGUCGAGGACGCGCACGAUCUGCCCGCGGCGCGCGACAAGGCGGCGUUCGUGCACGCGCUCGCGACGUGCCACCAGCUGAGCGUCGUCGACGGGGAGGCGAUCGGGGACCCGCUCGACGUGAAGAUGUUUGCGUUUACGAGGUGGGUGGUGGAGGAGGGCCACGUCGCGGGGACGGGCGUGAUUCGUGGGGGCGGGAAGCGCCGCGCGGAGGGCGAGGCGGGGCGCGCCGCGGCGCUCGUGCAGACGAUCGUGCGGCCGCCUGGGAGCGCGCAUUUUCGCGUCGAGGACGCGCUCAAGGGCGCGGCGAAGCACGCGCAUUUUUUGGAGCUGGGCGUGAUCCGGACGUUCGAGUUCGUGUCGCAGCUGCGGCGCAUGAGCGUCGUGGUGAAGCGGCUCAAGAGCAGCAGUAUGGAGAUCUACGUCAAGGGCGCGCCCGAGGUCAUGGUCGACAUCUGCGAGCCGGAUUCUUUCCCGGACGACUAUGACGAUCUGCUGUCGUACUACACGAAGCGGGGGUACCGCGUGAUCGCGAUCGCAGGUAAGAGCGUCGAGGGGCUCUCCUGGCUCAAAGCGCAGCGCAUGAAACGGUGUGUGCCCCCCCCCCUCCCCAUCCGCGCUCCUGCUCACACGCGCACACGCGCCGGCAGCGAGCAGGCCGAAUCGGGGCUGCGCUUCCUCGGGCUGGUGAUCUUCGAGAACAAGCUCAAGGCGGGGACGGCGCCGGCGAUCCAGGCGCUGCGCGCUGCGCACCUCGCGUGCCGGAUGAUCACGGGCGACAACGCGCUCACGGCCGUGAGCGUCGCGCGCGAGUGCGGGCUCGUGAACCAGACGGCGCACGUGUUUGCGCCCGCGUUCGUGCGAGGGAACGCGGGGACGCCGAUGGCGAAGCUCGAGUGGACGUGCAUGGACGACCCGGCGUGGGAGCUGGACGACUAUAGUCUGCGGCCGCUGACGCCGCCGGCGCACCACGCGAUGGAGGGCGACAUGCUGGACUACCAGGACUACGCGCUCGUGAUCACGGGCGACGUGUUCCGGUGGAUGAUGAGCCACGCGCCUCUGGAGACGCUGCAGCGCAUGCUGGCGAAGACGCAGGUGUUCGCGCGGAUGUCGCCGGACGAGAAGAACGAGGUGGUGGAGCGGCUGCAGGCGAUGGGGCACACGGUGCUGAUGUGCGGGGACGGCGCGAACGACUGCGCGGCGCUCAAGGCGGCGGACGUGGGGCUGUCGCUGAGCGAGGCGGAGGCGUCCGUCGCGGCGCCGUUCACGAGCCGCACGCCGGACAUCGGGUGCGCGCUCGAGGUCGUGCGCGAGGGCCGCGCGGCGCUCGUGACGAGCUUCAGCUGCUUCAAGUACAUGGCGCUGUACUCGCUCAUACAGUUCACGACGAUCACGCUGCUGUACUCGUUCGCGUCGUCGCUCGGGGAUUUCCAGUUCCUGUACAUCGACCUGUUCAUCAUCAUCCCGGUCGCCGUCACCAUGGGGCGGACGCGGCCGUUCGCGCGGAUCCACCCGAAGCGGCCGACGGCGAGCCUGGUGUCGAAGACGGUGCUGGCGAGCAUCGCGGGGCAGAUCGCGCUGACGAGCGCGACGCAGCUGUGGGCGUUCUUCUGGGUGCGGGGGCAGCCGUGGUACGAGCGCGCGGGGGCGGACCCGGCGGCGGCGGCGGCGGCGGGGGACGCGGGGGACGACGACCACCUGCAGGCGACGAACUACGAGAACACGGUGCUGUUCCUGGUGUCGUGUUUCCAGUACAUCCUGGUGGCGGCGGUGUUCAGCAUCGGGCCGCCGUACCGCCGGCCGAUGUGGACGAACGGGUGGCUGAUGGCGGCGCUCGUCGCGCUGGGGGCGUUCAACGCGCUGGUGCUGCUCGCGCCGCCGGGGGCGGUGGGGCAGGUGCUGGAGCUGAUGCCGCUGCCGUCGGAGGCGCGGGGGGCGCUGUUGUGCGCGGUGGCGGUGAACGUGUGUGGGUCGCUCGCGUUCGAGCGGUGGGGGGUGGAGUGGGUGGCGGAGGGCGUGGGGAUGCUGCUGCAGCACGGGCGUCGGCGGCGGGGGCGGGACGGGCGGGGGCACCGGGCGGCGGCGGGAGUAGUGUAG